AUGACUGUACACACCGAGUCGCCUGCCAUUCAGAAUGGCCCCAACUAUGGUGACCAAUAUGCCGACGUGGAAAAGAAGGAAUAUAGUGAGGAUGUGCCAGCAAACGACCCAUUCGGAAGCGAGGAAGAGGGAGAAGUCAAGUAUCGUGUUAUGGGUUGGUGGCAAUGUGGAAUGUUGAUGAUCGCGGAGAAUAUGUCCCUAGGCAUUCUAUCUCUUCCGUCCGCGAUGGCAACACUAGGACUUGUUCCUGGAGUGAUUAUUCUUGUCGGAAUGUCCGGCGUAUCAUGGUACACAGGUUAUGUUAUCGGACAGUUUAAGCUUCGCUUCCCUCAAACGCACAGCAUGGGUGAUGCCGGAGAGCUUAUUCUGGGUCGCUUUGGACGGGAACUGAUGGGCAUUGGCCAACUGCUCCUCUUGAUCUUCCUGAUGGCUAGUCAUAUCCUUACAUUUUCGGUUCUAUUCAACACCAUCACCAAUCACGGAACUUGCACCAUUGUUUUCGCUGUCAUUGGAAUGGUAGUCAGCUUCAUCGGCGCCCUUCCCCGUACCAUGAACAAGGUGUACUACAUGUCCAUCGUCUCUUGCAUCAGUAUCAUCGCAGCGACCUUUAUCACCAUGAUUUCCAUUGGAGUCCAGGCCCCCGAACACGUCCAAGUCGAUGCGACUAGGGACGUUAGUUUCCAGGAUGCAUUCUUGGCCGUGUGCAACAUCAUCUUUGCCUACAUCACUCAUGUCGCCUUCUUCGGACUCAUCUCGGAAAUGAGAGACCCUCGGGAAUUCCCCAAGUCGUUGACCAUGCUUCAAGUGGUCGAUACGUCUAUGUACGUCGUCACAGCGAUCGUCGCCUAUCGUUAUGCAGGCCCAGAUGUGGCAUCCCCCGCCCUUUCGUCUGCAGGACCCGUCAUGAAGAAGGUCGCUUACGGCAUUGCCAUGCCCACUGUCGUCAUUGCCGGUGUUAUCUACGGCCAUGUUGCCUGCAAAUACAUUUACGUUCGCGUUUUCCGUGGCUCUGACCACAUGCACCAGAAGAGCUUCCUCUCUGUUGGAACCUGGAUUGGUAUUGCGCUCGCUCUGUGGGUGAUCGCAUGGGUCAUUGCCGAGUCUAUUCCCGUCUUCAACGACCUUCUGAGUCUGAUUAGUGCCCUUUUCGGUAGUUGGUUCAGUUAUGGAUUCCCUGCCAUUUUCUGGUUGGUCAUGAACAAGGGUGUCUGGUUCUCUUCUCCCCGGAAGAUCUUCCUGACCAUUGUCAAUGUGAUCAUCCUCGGUAUUGCCUGUGCCAUUUGCGGUUUGGGACUCUACGUCUCGGGUAAAUCGAUCAACGAGAACUCCUCUUCUUCUAGCUGGACCUGCGCCAACAACGCCAUCUAA